CUUGGAUCGAAAAAUGAAAAUGGACGUUUCUCAAUGAAGUGUAAACUUCGUAUCACAUUUCCAAAGGAAUUAAUCUUCAAUUUUACACGGAUCAUCUCACAGAAUAAAGAAACAGAAAAUGGCGACUCUCAAACCCAAGGCCAAAAGUAAGAAACCAGGGCGACCUAGUAAGACGGAAGCUAGGAAUUACGACUUGUCAAAUUUACGACCGCCUUUCAAAACUAGUAUUUCCAAUUUGAAAGAAGUAGUGAAGCUUUUCGAAGAUUCAACCCCGGAAAUAAAAGAUUUGCUUACUCACGAAGUUAACAUCCUCUACGAAUGUCGAAUUUGUGGGAGCAUUUACAGAAGCCUUUUGAACAUCGUGUCGCACAAAAGAGUCUUUUGCAAAGAAAAGGUCAACAUAACGACAGAGAAAAAGUCGCGAGAUGAUCAAUCUUCAAACGUCACAUGUGAAGAAAUGCAAACUCUAGAUCUGGACGAGUCUACUUUCGAUAUGCUGGACAAACCAACAAAAAAUGCGAGGAUUCUUAGAAGUCAAGCCCCUCGCAAGCCUCAGAAAAAAGAUUUGACAAGUGUCGUUCAUAUGCUACAAAGGAAACAAGAAGAAAAUUUAGACGAUGAAGUGAAACAAAAGCAUACAGCUGUUCAAAGAAAGAAAGAUGGUUGUGAUCAAGUUGUUCUGCAAGUUAUGGAAUCGAAACUUGCAGCAUUCCAGACUUUAGUUGAACCAAAUUUAUCUCCGGUUGAUCUAAUGGAAAAUCAGGUCAUGGAGCUUAACAAUAUAAGCAAUCAAGACACAGUCACUUUGGGAACUGACGGUCUAAUCGAGAAAAGUGAUAGUCCCGUACAUUUUUAUAAUAAUGAUCAAGAUAUUGAUAAACUUAUUUGUGAAACGUGUCACCGCACAUUUUCCACGAGAAAAAUGCUAAACUCACACAUGAAAACACUACAUGCGCCUGUUCGUGUUACCUUCUUGUGUCCUCUCUGCCCGCAAGACAACCUUGGCACUCCAGCCAGUGUUAUACGCCAUUUAACGAAUGCACACAAGAAAAUUGGCAAGGAGCUGAAAGAGUUGAGUGAACGGAUAGAAGAAAGAAUCGUGAAAACGAAACUGACUCCAACUGUUCCACAUAAAAAAACGAAGAAGCCCGGAAAUUCUUGUAAAAAUACAGGCGGGGAAUCACAGGAAUGGAUUGAUCGAUUAGAGCCGCAGGAAUUUCAAGAUUGUAGUUUGUGCGGAGAAAGAUUUGGUUGUAAGGAGGAGUUUAUGACCCAUUCGGAAAAUUGCAUUGGUCAGAGUGAUGUGAGAUCUCCUGAGGAAAUUGAAGCAAUUAAUCAAGAUUUACUGGAUAAUGAUGAUUGCGAAGUUGUUUCAAGCGUAGAGGGGAAUUUUGUCGCGCUAACUUCACCCGAGGAACAGAAAACAGAUUCUAGUACUACAUCUGAAAUUAUAGUUCAACCACGAAUUCAACACAUUUCUAGUCUCAACCUAGAGGAUUGGAAUAAUUUACCUCAGUCCUUUUCUCAGAAUGAAGAAUGUUCAAAUAGAGUUAAUCCGACUGUAAUAUCCCUUUCUCCAGAAAUUACUCUUUUGGAGAAACCGAACAGACCAGUGAUCACUGAUUCGAGAAUCCUCGAUGAUCCAGAAAUUCUUUUUCCACUGGAUAACACAAAGAAACGAAAAGCGUCUUCUUUGCUCGAAAUCAAUGGUCAAAGCUCUCAAGGAGAAAGAUGGAAAAAACCCAACCGAGAACAAGAAAUUGCACACGCUGAAUCAGGCCGGAAAAGUGUCCAAAAUUUGGAGAAGAAGAUAUGCCAGGCAAAGUUGGAAUGCUUUCCUUGCAAGCGAAGUUUCACUUCUCUUUCGAGUUUUAAGAGACAUGUAGAUUCUCAUAUAAAAUUGAAUCGAUAUCAAUGUAACAAAUGCGAUUACAAGUCCGUAACUAGAAACGACUGUAUUGGGCACUGCAAUCGAAUGCACAACGGUAUGAAUAAUCGACAGGUGCUAAAUGAAAUGAUUUCUACUAUUCCCCAGAAUCAGUUGGCUAUAUCUCAGGAAAUAGAUCUGUCAAAUUUGAGCUCGAACAAUGUGUCGCGAUCUUUUUCUGACGUUGAAUCUCGGAUUCGAAGCAUGACACCUGUUGCAAAUCUGCGUCAAAAGCAGCACAACAGAGCGAUCAAUCUAUCCGACACAGAAACCGAAACCGAGGAUGGAGAUUCCGCACGAAAAAUUGACUUGAGGCCGCUGAAAUCCGCUGAAAUCCUGGAAAUAAUCGGAGGCUCGAACUCUGAUCCAUUGUCUCCAAAGUCCAAUAUCAACAUACUAAAUCUCUCUCACAUUCAAAACAACAACUUAAAAAUGUCUGGCCAAGUUUUUGAAAACAGUCCUGAACUUGAAGAAAUCAAUUACAACGCCAGUUACCCAGCCGAAGAAGAUGAAAUCACUGGUGAAUUGUGUCCGAGAAGCAGGUCACGAAUGGAAACGAGGAGCUCGUCUCGUUUAGGGAAAAAAUUAGAUUCCGAUUACGAGGACGAGAUCACUCCGGAAUUGCCUAGAGCAAAAUCGCGAAAUUCAAUGCGAAGCCUCUCGAGGACCGGGACCAUGAGUGAACCCAGGUGCCAAAAAAAAGUCAGUACGAGGAGCCGCUCUCGUACAGGAAACCAGAGCGACUCUUGUGUAGACUUAGAUGAGAAUCAGGAUGAUAUUUGGAAAGGAUACAGCCAGGAUUUGAGUACUGAAGAGCCUGAAUCGCGAUCUUUUUCGAGACAGAGUCGUGGAAAGCGUCGGGGAAGGCCUCCAGGUCGAGCGAAGCGCACUCGAAGCAUUUCUCGGGAACGGAAGAAAAGGCGUGGUUAUUUCAGCAGCGAAUAUUCGCAAAUGCAGCGCCCGAUGAGGAAUUGCAUCACUGCAAGAAGUCGCUCUUGUUUAGGGGGCCAGAGCGAUUCUUAUUUUGACAUUGAGGCGAAUCAGGCGGAUAUUUGGAAAGGAUAUAGCAGGGAUUUGAAUGCUGAAGAGCCGGAAUCGCGAUCUCUUUCGAGACAGAGUCGUGGAAAGCGUCGGGGAAGACCUCCAGGUCGAGGAAGACGCACUCGAAGCAUUUCUCGUGAAAGGAAGGAACGGAGUGGUUACUUUGGCAGGGAAAGUCCGCAUAUGCAGCGUCCGGUGAGGAAUCGCAUCAAACCGAUAGACAAGGAUUUUGUUUAUGACAUGGGAGAUGAUGAUCCCUUUCACAGACAACUGCUGUCGUAUUCUCCUCCGAGAGAUAGCUCUGGAAGAAUAACGCCUGCGUUUAAUCAAUUUGUACAGAACAGAUUAAUUUCUCCAUAUGCUGUGACGAAAAGAUUGUUUGAUGAGACUGAUGACUUGGAAUUUAUUCGAGAGAUUCCAAGCCAGAGAAUGAAUGCGACUUCUGAUUUGGAAAGUGCUGAGCCAUAUUUUAAAGGUUUUCCGAAACGUGCGCCAAUCAUGAACGUUGAAUGAGUGAAUGAAUUUUGAUGAGUUUAAUUGUGAGAAAUUUAUUGUUGAAUUUAUAAUUUUAAAAAUGUAGUUAAAGUCUAGGUUGCAUUUUGAAUUUUAUUGCUGGUGUAAUGAGCAGGUCCCACUUUUUAGGUCUGUUUUAAUUUCCAUGAAUUCCGCAUGAAUAUUUAGAGGCUGACGUGAGAGAUUUCUACGACUUUUAGUUAUUGAAAUAGUUUUGAGAAUUUUGUAUGUUCUCAGUGAUAAGAUUUUUUUCAUUUUUUUUUGUUUUAAUUUAAGUAAAGUUUAAGUCGAUGAGAACUAUCAAACGUUUAUUAACUCAAAGAAUGCAAAUAUUUACGACUGUACAUAUGUUUUGCUUGUAUGUAAAUAUUUGAGAUGUCAGUUUAAGCUUGAGUGACUAAAAGUGUGGGCUGUGUACACUGUAAAACUGUAAAUGAUUUACUUUAUUAAAUUAUUGUUUCAUGUAUAAAAUCGAAAUUACAAAUUAAGUUGCACAGGAAGAUUAAGAUUCGUAAGGAAUUUGAAACUUGGUUAAAAUUAGUCUUCAAGUUUGAUUCUAACUUGUAUCUAUAACUUUUAUGUUCAAGAAAAAAUUUAUUUAUUUAAACUUGGAAGUAAAGUUAUGAUUAGCGACAAAAUGUUUGGGUUUCAAUCAUUAAAACGCAAAAUACAUUAACAGGUAAUUAAUGGUAUUGAAUAUUAAUUACUGUGCUAAACUAAGUUUUGUAAGAAAAAUUGAAAUACGUUUUUGUAAUAAAAUUUGUAAUAAACCUA